AUAAACACGUUUUUUCUCCAGCUCUAGCUCUCGCAUUCCACUGGUCAAGCGAUCCGCGCUGCGUUUACCCGCAGACGCCUGCUUAUAAAUGUGUUGCGGACAAGGGGCGUUUCCUGGUCUUGGUGUUUGCGACUAUAAAAAACCCACGGUCUCGUCAUCGACUCUAGACUAUACAACAAUUUUCUGUCGUUCAUUCUUCAGCUCAGUAUCUCCAUCAUGCCUACCGUCUCUACCUCCUCCAAGACUCUCACGCUCAACACUGGCGCCAAGAUCCCUGCCGUUGGCCUCGGCACCUGGCGCUCCGAGCCUGGCCUCGUUGCUGUGGCUGUUGAGGAAGCCAUCAAGGCCGGCUACCGCCACAUCGAUGGGGCGUGGAUUUAUGGCAACGAGACCGAGGUCGGGCAGGGCAUUCGCAACAGCGGUGUGCCGCGCUCUGAGCUGUUCGUCACAACCAAGCUCUGGAACACCUUCCACAAGCCCGAGGACGUCGCCAAGGGUCUCGACGAGUCGCUCAAGAACCUGGGUCUCGACUACGUCGACCUGUACUUGAUCCAUUGGCCCGACGCCAGCGGCGAUAUGGUUGACGCCAACGCCAUGGAGAAGCUCCUGGACACCGGCAAGGUCAAGGCUAUCGGUGUAUCGAACUUUUCGGUGCCCAACCUGAAGCGGCUGAUUGCGAACACGUCUGUGGUCCCGGCUGCCAACCAGGUUGAGCUUCACCCGUACCUGCCUCAGUCCGAACUGGUCGAUUUCUGCCAGUCCAAGGGUAUUGUCAUGACUGCGUACUCGCCGCUGGGCUCUACUGCCGAAUUCAACCUGCGCGACGACCCGGUUAUCAACGAGAUUGCCAAGGCGCACAGCGCCACCCCCGCCCAGGUGCUGCUGGCAUGGGGUUCUGUCAACAAGGACCGUAUUGCUGCCAACUUCCAGCUCGCUGACAUCUCCGAGGAGGAGUUUGCUAAGAUCAACGCUAUUGAGCGCCGUGAGCGCUUCUGCGAACCAGCUCAAUUCUGGGGCAAGUCGUGCUCCUGGAUCUUCAACUCUAACGAGGCCAAGAUCUAAAAUACGCCUAAUGCUUGCUCUCCCUCUCUUUCGCUAGUGUCACAGUAUUGCAUCUAGUUUAAAACCGA